GCUGUUCUCAUAGCCGGCUCAAGCAAAAUUAUUUUCUGAAUGUCACGAUCCGAGGAGUUAGUAGAUUCUGCUUCGGACCUGAGCCUAGGCGCAUGAAAUCGUGACCGGGCCGAUAGUACAUCUCAGUAGACGCAAAGGAUUCCAGCGCCCGCCACUCAUCGCCAAUACCUGGGUCUACUUAGUCAAUCUAAAACGAGAAAAUGGUGGACGACAAUCACAGAGCAGUAGGCUACCUAUGACCCUACCCAAGGUAGUACCCGGUAGCGGGUACAUCCAUACUACAGCGACCUCGGUUUAAAAUGAGCAGGCCACGCAAACACAACGUUUACCAUUCAAAUGGCAUUCAUUCCUCAAUCUCACUGGCAGAGGACUUCCAUGCAGGAGCAGCUUGGCAUCAAGGAGACUCAUGAUCUCCGGACUGGUUCGAUCUACGCGGUCAAGCAAGCGACACCCUAUGAACGCUACAGUGCGUCCCGCAUGAGGGUUAGGAUGAGGUUGCAGUUGUUCGCCACCACCCUGCUCUUGAUGGCCACCGCUCCCUUCGCGCUGCCGAUGCUUUUACUCCAGCUUCGUCACCUGGAUCAAAUUUCUGCAUCUUUCGAGACCAUUAUCCCAGCCACCUUCGUCGCGACCAUCAUGGCGGCGCUGACGAUUGCUCAUGCUCGCAGCUUGCUGGUGAAAUCUAACGUGGAUGUGCUCUAUUCCGGAAAAGACGUCUUCCAAAAUGCGAAACUCUGGUACAUUUCUAGGGUUUCUAAGCACUCUAGCGCUAUCAAUUUCGGCUGUGUCUCGGCAUAUGGUGCAGGUUGCGGCUCCCUGUUACUUGAAUACUACCCCACUCCCACUAUCGCCUUUGGAAUUGCAUUUUCCACCGCCGUCCUUGUUCAUACCAUCCUCUCCAUGAUCCCCCAAAUCAAAACCAACACCUUUUUCAAGCGAAACGUCUUUUCUGCCGUGUCUAACCUUCGGGACGCUGUUUCGGAAAAGAAGAUGGCUGCUCUUGCACCGACCCUGUAAUCAGAUGGUUGCGUUAGAAUUCUCAGCUGCAUGCUACGAAGUCAAUUCAAAGCAUUGCGAGGGGCUCAUAUCUUCCGCAGAUAUAACGCUGUAAUAUUGUACAAGCUCGAAGUAUCGAUACAAUCGACUUUUUAAAUACACAACUACGUAUGGUAGAUCUCCUUUUUAUCCUUACUUGAGGUCCGCAGAGAUAAAUGCAACUUAUAUUUAAUUACUC